CUAAAUGUGUCAGACACAGAGGCAGCCAGGGAAGCAAAGAAAGACAUUCGGUGUGUUCCUUCUCAUUCCCUUUUAUUUGUUUAUCAGUAUUCUUUCAGUGAUAGCUAGCUACUUCUGUUUUCUAUUGAAGCUCACGUACAAUGACUGAACAAUCAGCGCUGCUUCUUCGAAAACAGCUAGCAGAGCUCAACAAGAACCCUGUGGAGGGCUUUUCAGCUGGCCUCAUAGACGAUGAUGAUAUCUACAAAUGGGAGGUUGUCAUCAUAGGCCCACAGGACACACUGUUUGAAGGGGGAUUUUUUAAGGCCUACCUAACCUUUCCAUAUGAUUAUCCACUGAGGCCUCCAAAGAUGAAGUUUAUCACUGAAAUCUGGCAUCCCAAUGUGGCAAAGAAUGGCGAUGUUUGCAUCUCUAUUCUGCAUGAGCCGGGAGAGGACAAGUUUGGCUAUGAAAAACCAGAGGAACGAUGGCUGCCCAUCCACACGGUGGAGACCAUCAUGAUCAGUGUAAUCUCCAUGCUGGCUGACCCCAACAGCGACUCGCCCGCGAACGUGGAUGCUGCGAAAGAGUGGAGGGAGGAUCCCAACGGGGAGUUCAAGAGGAAGGUGGCUCGCUGUGUACGAAAAAGUCAAGAAAUGGCCUUUGACUAGACCAUUCGUCAAUGUUACAAGAUCCAGGCUAAUGGAAAUGGCUUCUUGAGGAAAAUCUUUUCAUUCUUCAACAAAAAAAAACAAAAAAAAGGCUUUUUGUGCCGUGCUUUUGCUAGUCAGGGGACAUGGAAAAACAACCAGCCAGCCAUUUUGGUUGUUUCUGAUAGGAUCAUGUGUUUGAGUGAAUGAAUGUUGGAAAAGUGUACCAGCUAAGUAAUUUUUGAUUUCCUACCUGGAAAGUGUAUAUUUAAUUUAAUUUAUUUGAAGAAUAUUAUAAUAAUAAUGUAAAAUAUGUCACUACUGUAAAUGAACUUGCUUUUUUAUCAGCUGCUGAAUGGUUUCUACUUUAUACCAGGGUUCUUAUGCAAUUUCUUGGGUAUUUUGUUUGUGGUGCUUAAGGGGGUGGGGAAAAAACAGAAAAGCCAGUUUCCUUUAUUAACCCUCCAUCAUCACUCCCAUCACUUUGCGAGGUGAGCUGCAAAAUUGGACACAUUUACAUUACUCUCAGCAAGGGUUCAACCUUGUCUGUCGAUCACUGCUGCCUUAGCUAUUUUCUUCUUUCUGGUGUUCCUGCUAUCACUAUAAGCUGAUCCUUAGUAAGAGACAAAUUUUCUUCAGUUUUUAAUUGACAUUUUUAACAAACCAAAAAUGAAAAAGCUGUGAUUAUUUUUUGUGUGUGUGUAUAUAUAAAUAUGUACCAUACUGGCACCUGGAUUUACCUCAACUCUGGCUUGUUUUUUCCCCCUAUUCAGUCUAUGAAUUUGAAAUGUUUUUCUCUGAAGUUGUCCUUUUGGUGGAAGCACACUGACUUGACUGUGCAUGUGACCAUUGUUUUUAUCUCCUGCCAAUAUAUGCUUGAUAUCUUUCUCAUUAAGCUUCAGUUAAGUCCUGUGUAUUAUUUAGUGAGGAAUAACAACCAUUUUGAGAUUUCAACACAUCUAAAUUGGUUUAGAUUCCAGCCACCACCCUUUCACGACUCUGCAAAGCCGUGUGUGAACAAUUAAUUCCUUUAGUCAUACCAUAAGGCAGCAUUGCUAAGGAAGUUGGAAGAAAUCUGAAAAGUUGUUACUCAUGUGAAUUCUACUGGAUUAUUUGUUGGUUUCAGCUUUAGUGAAUCCAUGGGUGUGGUGAUGGGUUGAUAUUAAAACAUGUUCCUGGGUGAUUAUGUUGAAGGGCCAUACAAUUAGUUUGAAUUUGAUGACAUGAGAUGGUCAUGCUGUUGCUUUUCAGACACCACAUUUCCUGUCACUGCAAGUGCUCCAUUAGCAUUAGCGAUGUGAAUUGUGUAGUUUGUGCUUCCUACCCCCCCAUCAUUAACUAUCCUCCUUUGACCGGUGCACACUGUAUUCAUACCAGAUAAAUGGAGCAUAUCAAACAUCAUGAAGCAAUACAAACAGAAAAUCACACCUUUUCUUGAUCUCAAUGGUUUAUUUCAAGUUUAAGCCCCCUCCCACCCCCCUUUUUAUUUUACCCUAAUGUAUUUUGAUCACCACUUGUUUUGUGAAAUGUGUAUUAAAUCUGAGCCCCAAUAAAGUGUGUAAAAACUUA